AUGAGGCUUUGGCACAAAAGAAACUGUUCAUUUGCCAUAGGGUUGACUCAUCCGUCAUCAGAAUGGCAACCACAGUGGAAGCAUAUCUACACACCUUCUUUGGGUGCAACCAGUUCAUGGCUCAGGAAGCUAGCCAAGGCUCAUGUUCUUUCUCAUGAUUCUGGUGUUCACCAGCUUGUUAGUCAUUGGCUAAGAACUCAUUAUGCCAUUGAGCCUUACAUAAUUGCCACCCACCGUAAUCUUAGCCAAAUACAUCCUAUUGCACGACUACUCCACCCUCAUUUUCGGUACACCCUGAAAAUAAACGCCCUAGCUCGACAAUCUCUCAUUAAUGCCGGUGGUGUUAUAGAGUCGGCAUUCUCUCCUGGAAAAUAUUGUAUGCAACUUUGCUCUGACGCCUAUGAUCAGUUGUGGCAUUUUGAUCAUGAGGCACUUCCAGCUGACCUGGUUAGCAGGGGAAUGGCUGUUGAAGAUGAAACUGCACCACAUGGUUUGAAGCUAACAAUCGAGGACCAUCUAUAUGCAAACGACGGUCUAAUCCUUUGGGAUGCCAUCAAACAAUGGGUUACGUCUUUUGUCAACAACUACUACCCAAAAGCAAGCCUCGUAGAAUCUGAUGAAGAGCUUCAAGCAUGGUGGAAUGAAAUUCGAACAGUUGGACAUGGAGACAAGAAGGACGAAUCAUGGUGGCCACAACUCAAAACCCAAGAUGAUUUGAUUGGAAUCGUAUCAAUGAUGAUAUGGGUGGCUUCCGGCCACCAUUCAGCUGUGAACUUCGGACAAUAUGAUUUUGCUGGUUAUUUCCCAAACCAACCAACCAUCGCCAGAACCAAAAUGCCUAACGAUGACCCAACAGAUAAAGAGUGGCAUAUAUUCAUAAACCGACCUGAGGAUGCUUUGUUGAAAUGUUUCUCUUCCAAAAAGCAAGCUACCGUUUUCAUGGCGAUUCUAGACGUUUUAUCAACUCAUUCCACUGAUGAGGAGUAUAUUGGUAAAACUGUAGAAGGGCCAUUUGAGGCGGAGCCAGCUAUAAAGAAAGCAUAUGAAGAGUUUCGUGCAAGAAUUAAUGAAAUGGAAAUCAUCAUUGAUUCCACUACUAGAAAACUAAGUAAUUACCUAGAAUUGGUAGGAAAUCCGUAGGAACAAGCGGGUACCUACAGAUUUCCUACAAAAAACGGGUUGUAGGAAAAACCCUCGUGGGUAAUUUUUCCUACAAAUUAGCUAUGCAUUUCCUAUGGAAUAUUCUGUUACAAAUUUAACUACGGAAUACCUAGGGAACACGUUAACUACAGAGUACCUACAGAUUACCUACGGGUUAUUUACCUACGAAACACCUA